CGGAGGCGGGGCGAGAGUCGGCUCAUACGUGUCAGCGCUGCCGCAAACCGCUGCUCCAACUGUCGUGAGGAGUGUUUACGAAGCGACUUAAAAUCAUGUAAUAACUUCUUGGAGUCAAAGAAAUGAAGGCAACAUGGAGUUCCAGCUGAAGAUGAGCGGCAGAGAGUGUCGCACCGUGCUGGUGACCGGAGGAGCGGGGUUUAUUGGAUCUCAUUUGAUCAGCGCUCUGGCCGUCAGAUUCCCACACUGGAGAAUCCUCACCGUUGAUAAUCUGCAGUACUGCUCCAGUCUGAAGAACCUGCGCUCUGUGGAGGCCAGCAGCAAAUACACCUUCAUCCCGGGAGAUGUUUGCGACCCAUUUCUCAUAAAGCGUCUCUUUGCGACGGAGAAGAUUGAUAUAGUGUUUCACUGCGCUGCUGAAACUCAUGUAGAGAACUCGUUCCUGUGUCCGUCACGCUUCAUGCGUUUUCCUGUUCUGAUCACGAGGAGCAGUAACGUCUAUGGCCCACACCAGCAUCACGAGAAGUUUCCUGUUCUGAUCACGAGGAGCAGUAACGUCUAUGGCCCACACCAGCAUCACGAGAAGGUCAUUCCCAGAUUCCUGUCGCUCAUCCAGCAGGAUCAGAAGUGCACUAUCCAGGGCUCAGGCCUGCAGUCCAGACACUUCCUGUAUGUCAGCGACGUCACAGACGCCUUCCUGACACUCAUGGAGAAGGGCAUUCUGGGAGAGAUCUACAACAUCGGGAGCAGCUUUGAGAUUCCCAUCAUUCAGCUCGCCAGAGAACUAGUGAAGGUGAAAGUGAAGGAUGUCCCCGAGGAAGCGCUGGUGGACUGGAUAGAGUUUGUUGAGGACCGUCCCGUGACGGAGCUCCGGUAUCCCAUGAUAUCAGACAAACUGCACAAACUCGGCUGGAGACCCAAAGUAACCUGGAAGGAAGGAAUCAGACGGACCAUACAGUGGUAUGAAGAGAAUCCAAACUACUGGCCGUCGAUCAGUGAGAAUGAAGAGGAAUCGCCAGCGUCGUGUGAUCAGACGCCGUCACAUGCUGUGCCUUAUCACGUCAGAUAAUGACGUUUAUUAACUGAUUUAUACAGUAUCUAUGCAAGAUUGUCCAGCAGCUCCUAAAUAAAGUGCUACUCGGUGAAUGUGAUGGAGGAUUGUUAGAGACUUUAUACUCUAAACAUCAUCAUAAAAUGCCACAGGAUUAAAGAGGACCAAAAGAUAUUUUAAUGGAAACUGUAUGUCUUAAACUGACACAAGCUCAGUUGUUUUGACUGAUUUCAGUAUUUGAUUAUGAAAACUCUUCAUUUGUACGAUUGUUUCUGAUCAUUUUUAUGUUUUAAUAAAACAGUUUACAAACAUGCUUGUGAUAAAGUUCUGUUGUUAAUGCGCUGCAUGAGAUGAGA